AUGAGCCACGCGUCCUUAGAAUGGGUGGCGUUAAUACAAAUACGUGCGCUCUGCACACAGGAGCUAUCAGUUUUAUUCUAACAUUCAAAGUUCAAAGUUAACUAGUUAACGAGAAAAAAAUAAUACGAGUAAAGUGUAAAUCAGUGCUAUCCUAUACCAUCGAUCACAGCCAGUGGUUUCCAGCAUAGAGCCUACAAAAGCUUUUGGCGGUAGUUCAGGCAUCUGAAGCAGUAGUAUAUUACUAACUAAAUGAAAUCCUUGAUGAUCAUCGGACUUGGCAUGUGCCUGAUGGCGGUUACCUUCACGGCUCCAGCUUCCAUUCUACAGACCACAAUUUUGAACAUCCUCACAGGCGGCAAUAACGUUCUAAGCAAUCUACAAACGCAACUGCCUACUCUGACUAGUGCAAUCAACGGUCAGGUCAAUAAAAUUACCGCCGCUCUUUCCGGUGUAUUGUCGGACGCCAACAAUCAAUUGAUCACAGAAUUGACAAAUACUCGCGCUUCCCUCCAAAGUGCUCAGACGGCUCUCACCAGCAUUGUUGCCAAUGGAUUGUCACAAGUCUCUACCGAUUUGACCACAACACUGAACACUCAAACCGCUCAGCUGUUGACAGAGAUUGCCAACGUGGACAGUACUUUAACUCAAGUUCUGGCUGCUGGAAAUAGCGCUUCAUCGGAUCUGAUCAGCGAGCUGGCCAAUGCUACUGCAAAUCUGAACGCGGCAACAGCUAGCGUGGCCUCAAAUGUUAACUCCUUACUCGAAAAGUUGCUGUCCCAGAUUACCGGAUUGCUUGGAUAGUUUGCAUUGUGCUAAAAUUGAAUAAAGAA